CCUGCGUCCACAAUACCGUAUUGGAUCAAUGUGCCUCUUCCGGCUGCCUCAAGGAUGUCCAUCACUUACGCCAGGUUCUUCGGAACAUAUACAAGAUAUGCUUUACGAACACCCUUCCUCUCAACCGCCUCGACCCACCAUUCGCAAUUCAGUCCCUCGACUUGCGGAUCACAGCUCGACUAGCCGUUCGCUGUGCAGCGCACUGUCGCAGGCUUCUGGAGGUCAUAGUCCUGCCCGCUUCGCAUUAGCUGCCGUACACCCCACGGAUCUUCGAUGAGCUGUUAUAACUCUGGUGUCUACUAUGCUUCAUCGGAAGAUACCGAUGCACAUUAUGGAGAACGAGACGACUAUGUGCGGCAUGAUAGAGAGGGUUCUGUGUCUGGUUCGGAGUCGAACUACGGUCACUAUUUGCAAGGCUAUAAGGAUGAGAACGAUACAGAGGACCCCAACAUGGCACUCAUUGCGCAGACACUCAAUGCGGAUGGCACUCCAAAACGUCCCAUGAAUGCUUUUAUGAUAUUUGCACGCAAGAGGAGGCCUGAGAUCUCUGCUGCGAACCAGAUGAUGAGGACUGGAGACGUUAGCAAGAUAUUGAGCAGAGAAUGGAAUACGAUGGAUAUGUCACAAAAGAAGUUCUACCUCGACCAAGCCAAGAAGUUGAAGGACAAUUUCAACAUUAAAUAUCCUGAUUAUGUGUAUAGGCGGCGGCCCAACAACUCGCGCAAGAAGCGGAAGCUAGAGCCUGGCCAAGAGGCUUCUCCAGGACUCCCCUCCGGCGUUGAUAGAGAGGAUACGUCUCUUGAAGAUAUUUCUUCUGUCGACCUGGACGACUCUGGCAUUGACGCUUCGCCUGUUGGAUAUCAGUACGGUUUCGAACGAGCCGCGAGCAGCUCUGCUGCGUAUGCAGGCGGGAAUGACUUUGCGGCUUCACCUCCAUCGUCGAAUUAUUCAGACCAACUACGGAGCCUUUCUCAGAGCCGCUUCGAGGAACAAGCAUCCCCAACUGCAUACUCGCGUUCUGCCGCUGCGCCGCAGAGCGGGUAUACUGAAGGGGUUGUCAGUGCGCAGAAGCUUGCUUCUUCCGCCGAUGCGAGUGGCCACGGCCAGUAUAUGGGCUCUUUGCAGCACGGGCGCCCCAUCGCCAGUCUCGUUGAGGAUGCGGGACACAGCAUAUGGGAUUAUUCCAGGCCAGGAGACAGAGGUCAGGGGCGGAUGAGCUGGCCUCUACUUCCCGCUCUCGAUACCAACCUCGCACAGAGGUCAGGUGACAGGAACAUCGUAGCCACCCAGAAACCGGAACCGUACUCAUCACCACUCGAUCAGCGUUCCUGGCCCAGUUCAACGUCUGCAACGGCGUCCAACGGGUCCGGUUCAUCGGCGACGCGUUUGUCUAAUGCUGCGUUCCCGACCCUCACAUCCCCAUUCGUGCCCAAUGAGUCGCCGUCUGCUCGAACUUUGUCUCCCCUUGGCCAGCAGAGCCCCCUCAACGGCGAUUACUUCCCCUCGUCUUACAUGCAGAUGAGUCGGGGAAUGUCCCUAUCAAGCAGGCUCGGUGGUGCAGAUGACCCGCGCGGCUUCACCCAUUCUAACAUUCUCCCGCCUCCGGUGAGCAGUUCGUACGCUGGGGGAGGAGAGCUACCUAGCCAAUGGCAAUCCCCAUAUCGCACACCACCCAGUCAGCCGUUAUCCGGAUACCAUCCUCUCACAAGCUUGCCUAUUCAAACGACCUCAUCUGCCGAGACGUCGCCGUCAACAGCAGGCGCGGUUGUAACUCCUGGUGCCCAGACUGGAUUCUGGGAAAAGAGGAGGUUCGACUGACGCUGAGCUGCCGUCGCUCUCACCAGACCCGCCAUGCCUCAUUCUCAUCAGCUGCUCAGUGUACCAUGAAUUUCAGCGCAUGCUUGAUUUCUGAAUUGACACGCACCACAACCUAUGUACACGUGUAUUCACAAAUUUUCAGUCGCAGCUGCCACCAUGGCUGUAUUUACGUCUACAUUGUCAUCAUUUACGGUCUUAUUCGCUUCCAUCCUACUGGUUUCACGCUAAUGCGACUCUGAUUCGAUCGGCGCAAGAGCGGACGU